UCUUGUUUUCGGAUGAAAAGAUAGCUCCCCCUUGGAUCCAAGAAGCAGAAACAACAAGAAAGUGUCGACACCAUGUCUAGAUACGACCGCGCUAUUACCGUCUUCUCGCCCGAUGGACACUUGUUCCAGGUGGAAUACGCCAUGGAGGCCGUCAAGAAGGGUGCCGUUGUCGUCGGCGUACGCGGCAAGGAUGCGGUCGUGUUGGCCGUGGAGCGCAAGGAGACGGCCAAGCUGCAGGACCCGCGCACAGUGCGCAAGAUCUGCAAGGUGGACGACCACAUCUCCAUCGCCUUCGCCGGUCUCACGGCCGACGCUCGCGUGUUGGUCAACAAGGCGCGUCUUGAGUGUCAGAGCUACCGCCUCACGGUGGAGGACGCGCCGUCCGUCGAGUACGUGGCGCGCUACAUCGCACGCGUUCAGCAAAAGUAUACGCAGCGCGGUGGUGUGCGACCGUUCGGUAUCUCGAUGCUCAUCGCCGGCUGCGACGGCCAGGGUGUUCCCCAGCUGUACCAGACAGACCCGUCGGGCACCUUCUCCGCCUGGAAGGCCAACGCCACAGGCCGCAACUCGACCAACAUCCGUGAAUUCCUGGAGAAAAACUACGUGGAGAACGCCUCGGAUGAGGAAGCUAUUACUCUGGCCAUCAAGGCGCUACUGGAGGUUGUUGAAUCCGGCAGCAAGAACAUUGAAAUCGUCGUCGUGCGAACUGGCGGCAAGGUGUCGCCGCUCGCGGAUGACAAGGUGAACGAGCUGUGCGAUAAGAUCGAAGCUGAGAAGGAGGCAGCUCGCCAGGCCAGCGGCGAGAGCAAGUCUUCUGCUUAGACAAGUUGAUGGGGAGGAAUGCAGCGCACUGAUGAGAAUGGAACGCAUGUCCAGCAGUCCUGACAGCAUUAAUCAAUCAUUAUGCGCUUCGUGCAUUCGCUGUGUUCUCAGCAAGCUACACAAGACAGCACGGAUAUCAUGUUGUGCUUGUUAUUUUCUGUGCUGUUUACCGCUGCCUGCGUGCUUCGCUAAUCAACUUCAACCGUUUACACUUUUUGCCGAAGCUUCAGCAGCUAACGACGGACAAACAACACCAGCACCUAUCCAACCACAGUCAAAGAACUAAACAAAACGCAGUGGAAUGAGCUAGUUCUGGCACUCGCUUCUAGCGCUGCCUUAGUUGGCCUGACGCUCGUAGAUGGCCCAGCGACGGUUGUGCUCUUGGCCCUUACCGGGGCUCACGUUCAUGUCCGUGCACCCAGCGUCCGCACAGCCACACGAGUGCGAGUUCGAGUCCUUGCAUGCACGCAUGCAGCCUUCAUCGUUGCCAUCCAGAUCCGCUUCGCUCACGGGGAGCUUGUUGAACGCGAAGGCGUGGCCCUCACCGGCCACACGGGCGAUGGCGAAGUAGCGCUUGCCCUUCUCCUUGGCGUGGUGCAGAGCGAGGUUAAAGUUGGCACCGCUGGGGCCGCCGGCGUACACGCGGUCGUUACCCAGCAUGUCCUCGCCCGUCGUGCAGCCCAGGAAGCGCGUCUUCUCCUUGGAAAUGUCCUUCUCGGCAGCCGAGGCUUCAGACAUACGAGCCUUCUUGACAGCAGUCGUAGGCUCCACAUUCGGCUGCUUCUUGACCUUGAAGAUACGCACGAUCCAGUGCUCCGACGUGAAGGCCUCUUCCAAGUGAGUCAGCUUGAUGUUCUUGACGCCCACCUCUGUGUUACGAGCACGGUCGAAGCCUGGCGGACGCUGGUAGUCCGUCAUGACCUCGCCGAAGCGGUAGUAGCACAGCUUGUAGGCGAGGCAGUUGUGCAGCACCUUGGAGCCACCGGGACCGACGUCGAAGUUGCCCGACGUCGAGUAGUAGUCACGUUCCGAAGGCAUGUCGUCCGGGUACACACCCGAACCGAUACGCACAGGCCAGAGGAACUUGUUGAUAUCGUCCGAGCUGUAACCCGUCACACCACCAAAGAUAACCAGGACGUAAUCCACAUCCAGACUCUGCAGGAUCGGGUAAGCGUCUUCCUCCGAUGAGGCCAAGGCACGACCAACCGUAGCGAUGUGCGUGUUGUUCCACGUGUUGUUGUCCACAAUAACUGUGCGGUUAGCCAUAGCCGACAUCUGGUAGCCAUAGUCCCACCACGACAUGAUCUUGGCGUUAGCGUCCGUGUUCUGACGUAGCCAGAAGUACGCCUCACGAUAGUCAUCGAAGUUCACACGCUCGCCAGUGUGCGUACGGCCAGCUUCAAUCACAAUACUCGGCGACGAAUAGGCCAUCGACGACACGUAUGUAGCGUGCAACGUGUAGCUCAGCAGCAUAAGCAGUAGACCACCCACAAUACCCAGAGCCAGGAGCUUCGGCACAGGCUGGACACCGUCCUUCUGCACGACGAACGUCGACGGACGAGCUAGAAUUCCCAUGAACUUACGCAGCGUCGACGAGAUACCCACAGCACCGAGGAUGCAAGCAAUAGGCGCCAGCGUGAGCAUGAGACGCACCAUAACACCGGCAAAAUACCAGGCAACGGUACCGUACAGAAUGACGAAAAUGCCGCCGUCCGUCAAGUUCUGGAACAGGAAGUACAGACCCACGGGGGCGAACGGCACGAGGAUGUGCAGGUCGAAGAAGUAGGACGUCCAUGUCGUGGGCUGGUGCUCACUAACUGAAGCAAUAAUCGGGAUGUACUUGGACGCGUACGUCGGGUCCAGCAACGUCAGACUACGGCCAGUCCACUGCACUUUGCCCAUAAGCUGCAGCACCAGCAGAGCCAAAGCCACACCAGAGACCAACAGACCGGCACCGACCAGUACAAGACGACGGAACGAGGCGGCCGAGAUGUAGUUGCGCAGCCAGUUGACGAAGCAGUAGACCUGCAGCAACACGAACACGCCGUGCGAGCCAGCACACUCGGCCUGCUUGAUGACGUUGAAGCCCACGAAUGGCACCUGCAUAGCCAUGAGGCUGCCCAGAGCGUAGAACGUCGAGUACGCAAUGUACAGUCGCGGCGUGUAGCGUCCAGCGAAGAUCAUGACCAGCACGUAAAUAGGGAUCAUGUUGAUAAUGAACACGUAGCCUCCCCAGGCCGCCACCAUGUAGAAGUACGCGAGCGCACAGCCGGCCGACCAGAACAUGGAGCCUGUGUGCACAGCCUUGAUCCAGAGGUAGAACACGAAGAUAAGCGCGAAGAUAGCGACACCCUCGUUAUCGUACGAGCCUCCUACGGAGCGAGAGAUGUAAGAGGGCACAAUGCCGGCAAAGGCAGCAGCCAGAAGACCUGCACUGGAGCGUUUUGUCACCUCCUUGGUCAGCAAAUAGCUGGCAAUUGCCGUGUUGGCAGCGAACAGCGGCGCAAGGAACACGCAAGUGUUGCGAACGUUGAUGGAAAUGUUCAGCAGGUUGAGCACCCAGUACACGAGCGCAGCCGUGUACAUGAGACCAGGGUAGAUGGUGCCACCAAUGAUACGACCCAGCGGAUACCAUGCACGGUCGUCAAACCAGUCCAGGAACUCGAGGAAUCCCUCCGAUGCCAAGUACUUGGUCGUACGGAAGUUGAAGUACGGGUCAAACUCGUGGAUCACCUGAAAUAAUUACCAAAAUAAAAUAAUUUAGUGGCGUGU